AUGGCGACCAUCAAGCAGCGAGCAGCGCCCUACGCUCCCUCUACGCCUCGCGGCAAAGAGGAGACAAUUCCGAGUCCGGAAGACGAUGAUGACCCGACGCAGACGCACGCGUAUCGACGAGGCAGCCCCGUCAAGGCGCGAUCUUCCAGCGGCGUCGCGUUGCUGAGCAAUGACGACGAGCGCGCCGACCCCGGAGACGACGAAGGCGACGACCUCGUGGACGAUCUGGACGAGGCUGCAGCCUACGCGGCGUUCCUGCAGGAGCAGGCGGAGAUGCGCGCGCGCUUCACCUUCAAGGACGAGACGCGCAAGACGCUCGGCGACAAGUUCAUCGCCGCGAUGCGUCGGAAGCGCCGCAUGCUCGGGCGCAACGAGAACCUGCGCUUCCGCGAGCUGUACAAGCCACCGGAGCCCAUCGCAGUGAUGCUAGUAGUCGUGGUGGCCACAGCGGUGACGCUGAUCGUGACCAAGUCCUGGCCGUUCUACUAG